CAUAUAACAGGCUUCCUGAAAAGGCCGGUCCUCCGGUCUUGUCCGGCAAAAUUCUUUACGGUCCGGCGAAGUUUCUAAUAUCGCCGGUCCUUGUGACAGGCAAAAAAAUGACUUAAUACCGAAAAGUCAUACUUGCCAAAAGAACGAUAACACCCAAUUAGAAUAACUCUUUUCGUUAGUUUCGAGCCUUUUUGUAAUUAAGAACACUAUCGCGUCACUAGUUCUUAGGAGUGCUCUCCCUUUGUUUUGUUUUUUUGAGAACGUCAAUUUGAUUGGUCCGAUUAUUACCAUCUAUCCAUUUACAAAGGUUGUAUCAAAAAACUACGCAUGAACAAAAUGUCGUUGCUAACGUACUUCGAUGGUGCUCAACCUGGCCAUAAAAGAAAACUUACCGAUGAAGAAAAAAAACAAAAAUUGAAAGAUUAUGAAGCCAAGCGAGUUAACAGAACUUUUCAAACUAAGUGGAUGACAGACCGAAGUUGGCUUCAUUAUGAAGAGUCAAGUAACAAAAUGUUUUGUGACAUAUGUAAACACGAUCAAAUGCGAUGCAAGUCAACAAAUCCAUUCGUUGUCGGAUGUUGUAAUUUUAGGAUAUCAGCGAUAAUUGACCAUGAAAAAUCAAUCCCACACAGCCACGCCGUAACAGCCAAGAAGGCAAAGGAGAUGUCACCACUAGAAAAAACCAAAUCCCAAGCAGGCAAUGCCUUAAAAAUGUUACAGGCAAGUGAAAGACAUAGGCUGUGUUUUUUAUUUAAGAACGCCCAUGCUAUCGCCAAACACAACAGGCCCAUUAGUGACUACAAAUGGCUGUGUGAAGUUGAUGUUGCUAAGGGAAUCGACAUAGGCAGUACGUACUUGAAUGACACGGCAGCAUUGAGUUUUAUCCACUCAAUUGCCAACUGUCAAAAAAGGGAAACUGAAGAACUCCUUGACAAAGUUCCCUUCUUUUCAUUCAUUAUGGACGGAACGACCGAUAUAUCUGGGUCUGAGCAGGAAACAAUUUAUUUACGAAUCGCAACAAACGGUGAUGUACAGGAACGCUUCUUGAACAUUAGUUCACCAAAGAGCACAACGUCUGAAGAUCUCUAUUCCCAUGUGAUAGAUGUCUUCCAGAAGUCAAAUCUCAACCAAAGCAAACUCAUUGGCAUGGGCAGUGAUGGUGCCUCAAAUAUGACGGGCUGUCGCACAGGGCUGUCUACUCUCCUCAUGCAAAGAGUGAACCCAGAGAUGGUCAAUGUGCAUUGCAUGUCACAUCGCCUUGAGUUGGCAUUCAGGGAUGUUGUCAAAAAAGACAAACACUAUGAACAAUUAAUGACCUUGUUGAUUGGACUUUUUUACUUCUAUAAAAAAAGCCAUAAAAACAAAACAGGCCUGCAGGCUGCAAUAAGUGCUUUGGGCCGUGGUGUGCUACCCCCUAAAGUGACUGGUACAAGAUGGUUACCUCACCUGUUUCGAGGCAUUGGGGCACUUUUCAAGACAUUCAAUGCACUGGAGGCCCAUUUGGCUACUGCGAGUCAUGGCAAUGCAAAGGCAGACGGGCUACACAAAAUGUUGACAGACAUCCAUCUCAUAGAAUUCUGUCUAUUCCUGUCAGACUCUUUGGACCAGGCGAUGAGACUGUCCCUGAAGCUUCAGAGGUCUGAUGUAACCUUAUCAGACAGUCUGUGUUGGGUUGACAGUACUGCGGAGCUGCUCCAGGAAAAGAAAGGAAGACUAUGGAGAGGAAGAGGUCAAGUUAGUGUCUUCACAUUUCAAGCAGAGUCUUAGACGUGCCAGUCCAGAUGUAAAUGACAGUGCCAUACUCGACGAAUGGAAACUGCUGAAAAAAUUGAUAACAAAGAAGUUUAGAGAUCUGUCUGUCAUUACCUGGAAGACAGCAUUGCAAGGCAUAACCGAUCUGCCCAACAUUACCCUGCUGAUCGACCUUAUGCUGACCCUGCCAUCAACCAGUGUCAAAUGUGAGACGGCAUUCUCACAACUCAAACUGCUGAAGACAUGCAGGAGGUCCCAUUUGUCUUCCACUGUACUACAGGACCUGAUGACUGUGAAACUGCUGACUCCCCCAGUAUCCUCUUUUGACCCAGAGGAUUCCAUAAAUGAAUGGCUUGCGGAACCUUUGACAAGUAGGCGGCUAACAUAUCAAAGGAUAAUGGCAGACAAAUGUACAGAAACAGAGGCCCCAUCCAGUGUGACCACAUUGUCAGCGUCUGUGGUCAUCGAACCAGGACCGUCACCAAGUAUUGUCAAGUCUGUGCCAACCGUGCAGCAGCCUCACUUUAUGGACAAUGACAUUGCAAUACUGUGUGAAGACGACACAGAUUGUGAUUCUGAUGAUUGUGUUGACUUUCAAGACGAAGAUACCAACACCAAUCUUGUUAUGUCAUUUUGUUCCGAGUCUAAUUAGAAAGUGUUUUUGGUUUUACUCUAUCAAGUGUACUUAAACACAGGAUGCGCAUUGUUUGUA